AUGUUUCGGGCCGGUGAGACGAGACAGAAAAAACUAAAUCUUCUCAAACAGUUACCGUCUGAAAUACACACUUCUUCCGUACCAUCGCCGUCUUCGGAAGGUCGGGAAUUAUCGUAUGGGCUUGAAUUUAUCAACAAUCUGUCAAAAUCUACCGCGACUAGUUUAAAACGUUUUAUGUACACGAAAAAUAACUGCGAUUUUAAAAUUAUAUCGAAGAAUCUCGAUGAUGAUAUUAAUAUUGACGAGCUCGCUAAACUCGUCAGUGUAACAACUGAAGAUGGAGAAUUUUUUAAAGAUUGGCUUUCGUGCUAUGUCACUGACGCCUCUGCUGAAACAAUAACACCUGCAUAUAACGACACAAUAUUAAAUCAUGAUUUAAAAUUAGAAUUUCUGCAGCCAAAAUUAAACAUCUUCUGCACAUCUAAUCAUAUUAGAUUAAUUUCGAUACGGAGUCAUCAUGUGGUCCUUCGAUGUAAAUUAAAGAAGAAGUUGUCAAAAUUUACAACGAAGGAUGGCGGCAACACAACUUCUCACUUGUGUGACGUGAAAAACUGUUUACGACCUGAACACUUGAUCAUUGAAAACAUGGCAAUGAAUGGAAGUCGCCUCGCAUGUCCAGGCGUCAUUUUAAUCUUACAAAAUCAAGAACCAAACACACCAAAAAAAAUUAUGCAAAUUAAGCCAUGCCAACACGGCAUUAAUCGUCGAAACGCCAGUGGCAAUUUUCUUAAAUUUUCGUGUCGAAAAAUACAAGUCAUGAUCGAAGAUGCAGACACCAUCGAAUAUAUUAAAAAACUUGUUUAA